AUGUCGUCUUUCUUUACGGGCCCUGGGGUCCAGAACAAGCGCAAGAGGCAGCCCUCAGGAGCAGACGGCCCAAAAAAGAGAUUAGCAACAUCUUCCAACUCGGUUCCUGUGAACAAGUCGGCCGGCAAGGCAUCCAGGAGGCCAGGCAACCCCGCGUCCAAGAAACAAAGAGUCGAGCGCGAUGAGUCAAUAUCAGGCAGCGACUCAGAGGAUGACGACCUUCUUGACGACGACGAGGAGUUCAAUGGCGUCGACGAGGAGUUCAAUGGCGUCGACGAGGAGUUCAAUGGCGUCGACGAGGACACCUCCGGGUCAGAAGCGGAGGGAGAAACAGCGGCGGAGCGGCGAUUGAAAUUGGCAGAGCGGUACCUUGACAAUGUGAAGGACGAAGUGGAGGACGAGUAUGGGUUCGACGCCGAAGACAUCGACCGCGAUCUUAUUGCCGAGCGAAUGCAAGAGGACGUCGCCGAAACCAAAGGCAAGGUAUACAGGAAACUUGCGGACGAGCUGCUGUUCGAACAAGCAUCACAUACGAUUUUCAGGUGGAACUCGCAAAACGUGAAUUCGAUAGCCACGUGUGCUCCAUACGCCUACACAGUAUCAAAGGACAUGUUCCUGGUGAAGUGGAAGCUUCAGGACCUGCCGCAGUACCAGUGGCCGCAAACAACAAAAAAGAAGCCUAAGAAACCACCUGCACCCCCCAAGAAGAAACCACAGCGGGUCGCAUCGAGUCGGGGCGACUCCAGGAAGACCAAAGACAAGAACUACCAGGGCCACACGGGCCCCAUACUGAAGGUCGCAGCAUCACAAGACGGAAAAUUUGUGGUGACAGCUGGAGCGGAUAGGAGAAUGGUGGUUCACGAUGCCGAAACACUGAAACCUAUAAGAGCCUUCACUCAGCACCGUGAUGCAGUCACGGGACUAGCAUUUCGCAGGGGCACGAAUCAGCUGUACUCGAGCUCCAAAGACCGGACCGUCAAGGUGUGGUCACUCAAUGAGCUCGCCUACGUCGAAACCUUAUUCGGCCACCAAGAUCACGUCGUGGACAUUGAUGCCCUUGCGCAGGAGCGCUGCGUUAGCGUCGGUGCUCGAGACAGGACAGCGCGACUCUGGAAGGUUGUUGAAGAGACACAGCUGGUCUUCCGCGGUGGCGGCUCUGGCAUCUCUGAGAAGAAGAAGGAUUCCAGGCCGAUCACCACUGUCGACCCCAAUUCCAAUGCCCAUGAGGGAAGCAUGGACCGGAUUGCCAUGAUCGACGACGAGAUGUUCGUGACGGGUAGCGACAAUGGCUCCAUAGCUCUGUGGAGUCUGCAGAAGAAGAAACCAGUCUUUGUCCUGCCCCAGGCCCAUGGCAUCGAGCCAGCGUUGGCGCCGGAGAAGGCAUCAGGCGAGAUAGACCCCGACCCAGCAGUGAUACCCCCACCUCAGCCGCGUUGGAUCACGGCUUUGAGGACAAUACCAUACUCAGACAUCAUCCUCUCAGGUAGUUGGGAUGGGUAUGUCCGCGUGUGGAAGUUGAGCGAAGACAAGCGACGACUACAGCGCGUCGGCGUACUCGGCGCCACGUCCGACGAGGACGGCAACGUCUUGUCACACAACCCACAACACCAAUUCCCUCAGCAGGCACUGACGAACGGCAAUGCAGAGGAGCCCAAGGUGAACGGCACCUCAUCGUCACAAGAGGUCGCACGGAUUGAAAAAGAGAAGUCGCCUUCGCCCACUCCAGACUCUGCGCUCGGCCUCAUCAAGGGCGUUAUCAACGACAUCUCCACAUUUGAGCGUGGUGACCGCGGCAAAGAUGGGCUAUGCGUCGUCAUCGCGCUGGGCAAGGAGCACCGCCUGGGCCGGUGGAAAAAGUUACAGGGUGGCCGGAACGGUGCCAUGGUGUUUGAGGUGCCGAGGGUGCGGAAGGAAUCGGUCCAGACAAAUGGUGUUGAGCAUGCAUCAGAGGAGGAUUCGGCAUCAUAA